AUGGGUCCUUGCAAAGAAUCUUUAGAAAGACCACACGAUGUAUUGAUCUACGGUAGAAUUUCUGGGUUGGAACCGGGGUAUCAUGGAAUGCACGUACAUCAAAUAGGAAAUUUAAGCGGAAAUUGCCAAGGGGCAGGCCCACAUUUUAACCCUUUUGAUAAGGUUCAUGGAGCCCCGUCAUCGCCAUUUAGACACGUUGGAGAUUUGGGGAAUGCAUUUACGUCGGGGGAUGAUUUUAUAGUGGGGAAUGUAUUUUUAGCAAAUAGGAUACCUAGAAAUGGAAUAACUAGAGUUGGAAUAACUAAAAUAACCAAAUGGGACUCUCUUAUAAGUUUGCUGGAUAACGAAAGAAAUAUCAUGGGAAGAGCCUUAGUAGUUCACGCUCUAAGAGACGAUUUGGGAUUGGGGGGAAAUGAAGAAAGCUUGAGGACGGGCAAUUCAGGAGGACGCGUGGAUUGUUGUAUCAUAGAACCUUAUUAUCCUCCAGAAAGAGUUUCUUAUUUAAAUAGAAACGGUUAG